AAACAAAGCCUAAAUAAUUGAUAUCAAGAUAGCAGUACUACUCUCUCUCUCUCUCUCUCUCUCUCAUGAGCUAUAGGCUUCACAACAUCAUCCCUGUUCGUUGGAAUAGCAUUUGCGAGCCCCGCUUUACUAUUCCCUCUCACGCCUCUUCCAGGGUUUGGUGGUGCUGUAGCAGGAAGAGGAAUCAAACUGAAAUGGAGCAAUUUGAUGCCUCAAAGGAUUCGUCAGAGGAUGUAGUGGGUGAUUCUCGGUUGCUUGAACAGAAAAAGGCUGCAAUUCGCCUUGGGGGUCCCACAAAACUCCAGGUAAUUGCAGAUUUUGAUGCCACACUGACUAAGUACCGGAUUGAUGGUUGUCGAGGGCAAAGCAGUCAUGGGCUUUUGCAACAGGGGAAUCCCGAAUAUGAUGCUAAGAGGGAAGAAUUAUAUGUUUAUUAUCAUCCAUUGGAAAUUAAUCCAACAAUUCCACUUGACGAGAAAGCAAAGCUCAUGGAAGAGUGGUGGGAAAAAACCCAUUCUCUUCUUAUUGAGGGUGGUCUUACAUAUGAUGCAAUAAAGAACUCCGUGGAGAAUUCCACAAUUGCAUUUAGGGAGGGUGUAGUUGAACUUUUUGAGUUGUUAGAGGAAAGGGAUGUUCCCGUUCUUAUAUUUUCUGCAGGGCUUGCAGAUGUCAUAGAAGAGGUCCUGAGACAGAAACUUCAUAGAUCCUUUAAGAAUGUCAAAAUUGUAUCAAACCGUAUGGUAUUUGAUCAGCAUGGUCGCCUAGUAUCUUUUAAAGGGAAGACGAUUCAUGUAUUGAAUAAGAAUGAGCAUGCUCUUGAUAUGGCUGCACCUAUUCACGAUCGAUUGGGGGAUAUUGACUGGGCAAUUGAUGAUAAUACCUCAGUAAAGAAGAGAACCAAUGUGCUGCUUCUUGGUGAUCACAUAGGAGACUUGGGAAUGUCUGAUGGUUUGAACUAUGAAACACGAAUAUCCGUAGGGUUUCUGAAUGACAACAUUAAGAGUUCUCUUGAUAGCUACCGCAAGGCCUUUGAUAUUGUGCAUCUGAAUGAUGCGCCCAUGUGGGGAGUGGUGAAGCUCGUUUCUCAGCUCUGUUCAACUUGAAGUAGUUAAUAUACUCAACGCCAUGCCAUAUCCAUUAUUAUUAUUUUCCCUUUUGAGGGUUCUUUUUAUCAGAUGUUUACUGGUUCAAGCUUCACUUUUCCGGGCCAAGCUAGAGAGUCAGAGGUUUGCCCCGAGUGGUCGACCAUCUAGUAUACCCUUUACUGGUUCAAGCUUCACUUUUCCGGGCCAAGCUAGAGAGUCAGAGGUUUGCCCCGAGUGGUCGACCAUCUAGUAUACCUUUGCGUGCAUUCAUUCCAAAUGUAUCCGCUUCAGCAGGCUGUGCAACAAUGUAUAAUGCUAUUGGGGGUAGUUUGGACCUAGAAAAUAGAUGUGAUUCUGGGAUUAAAAUGAACAUGCCUUUGUGUAUGUUAUACAAGGUGAUCGAAGUGUUUGGGUUAAGAUCUCUCCACUGAUCAUGCUAGUUCCAUUAUUAUGAUUUCGGUUUUGCUUA